AUGGAGUCCACGCUUCAGUGGCUUCCGAAUGAGCUGCUGGACCCCAUCCUCGACGACCUCGACCUCCACAACAUAGCCAGAUUAACACAAUGCAACAAGCGCCUUCGCGGACGGCUCGAAGCAGAGCUCUGGAAGAACACGGGCCGUGUCAACCGGGCCAUAGAAUGGGGCUGCAAGACUGGCAAUCUCGAAUGCCUUCGGGGGGCAGUGCGUCAUGGCGGGAGGUUCGACGUCUUUGCGCUGUCUUUCGCAGCCAGGAAGGGCCAGGAUGAGGCCUUCAAGUUCAUGCUUGACCAUGACGCUCGCAUCGAGGUUGAACCAACGGACGACAGGACACUCAGGCACCAGGUGUGGAAGCUGACAAAGUCCCUCAGCCGGCCGGCCAACUUUGGUAUGAUGAGACAAUUCUACGAGGCCGGACUUGACAAGCUUGCGCGUGAUGCUGGUGUAUGUCCGCAGGCUGUCUGGCCGCUCGAAAGGGUCAUUGCAAAUGGAGGACCGGAUGUCCUCGAGCGACUUCAGCUGGUCCUGGGCCAAGGAGGGAUCAGACUGGAUAUUAGCUGGCCCAACAGUGGCUCACUUAUCUCGAUGGCGAUCGAUGCAAACUCGUCAGACACGGUUGACUUUCUUGUCGCCCAAGGCGUCGACAUACACGGCAAAGAAGAAAGUAGACCAAAGUCAUUUUUCGGGUCGAGGGCCUGGCCUUGCCACGUACCAGUUUUCGCUGCAGCACAUGCGAUGGCGAGGUCGAAUCAUGGUGUCGCCAGGAUGCAGCAGGUCUUGCAGCAUGGCGCAGACAUUAACCAUUGCGCAAAAGUUAUUACUUGGUCUCGUCCGAGUUACAUGUUAAUCAGAGACUAUUACUGGACGACGCCUCUGCUUGUGUUCCUUGACAGCGUCUCGUCCUGGAAAGAAGGCCCAGGGCCGGAUCUUGUCGAAGGGCUCAAGUUCUUCAUCAAUCAUGGCGCACUGUUCCAACUUCCUGACGUGGAAGAGCCAGGGAACCUCCUGCCGCGGUUCAAAGAUACCAGACGUCCCAAAGGACGUCCGCUGCCCAUCGAUCUACUCUUGGCACGCUGGGGCUUACAGGCACUCAACAAACCACGAUUCUUGACUGUCAUCAAGUUUCUCGCGAACCACGGCUUGCAAGGCGCAGGGCUGUCGCCGGAAGAAGUGGCAAAUAUGAUAAUACAGCAUACCAAGACUCCAGUUUUCUCGGUCGAGUCCAGAGCGGCCGUCAAGGGACGAAGCUUGCUUCUUGAUGCUCUAUUGGAUGGCCGGACCGCGUCGGAAAAUAAUAAAGUGCUUGACUGGCUGCUCAUCAAGACCGGACAAACGAUAGACUUACUACGAGUAGACUAUGGGCAGGCACUGGAUAGCUUAGUCGCUGCUGGAGCGACUGUCGACCCUGUCCGUGUCGCUAGUGGCAGCGGGAGGUCAAGCGAUGUUGUCAGAUUAUUGGCAAUAAGGGGACGGCCUGCGGAUGACAUUAUUUCCCGUUGA